UUUUACAAAACCUUCAAUAGGAAAGAGCAAGGCGCAGCAAUUACUAAAAUCAUAUUGCUUUCUGAAAAUCUUACAAUUUCUUACACCGCAAGAAAUAGUAGUGCUUCAGAUAUUAAACCGAAGGUAUUUUUAGUAACAUUUUGAGUGCAAUUUCCACAAUAUUUGGCUUUGAACUUCUGGAUUUCAGACACCACAUAACUUUAGGUUCUACGAUGACAUAAUUCCUUUGGCAAUCAAGAAAAUUGAUAUUUGAAGGUAAGAUCUAUGUCAAACUUUGAGUUAUGAUAAUUAUCAAACUUCUAUUGCACAGAUCGUUUUGUGUUCUAGGAAGUUCUUAAACUCCCUCAAGAAUUAGGCUCUUCUUGCUUUUGAGCAUCUUGAUGAAUACAAAUAUUUAGGUCUCCUUGCCAAGGAGCUGUGAUGUUGAUUAAAGACAAAAUAAUGAUCGGUAAGAUUGCUAUUUGGUUAAUAACAUUAGUUGAGCUUCCACACAUCAGACUGAUACAAUUGAGUAACUACCUUUGUUUAAUCUCUAGGUGGUGCCUGGAAGUUAAGCCUGUUUGACCAAGGCACUAGUGUAUGUGUGAACAAUAAAGGAAAUGAAGUAUGGCUCAGCUCUGGAUUCCCAAUCUCCCAGACCAGACUUGACAAGGUACAAUCUUUAUUAUUCUUGUAGGAAGAACAUAACAAUUAAAAUCUUUGGAAAGCUUUAUAAAAUUGAUAUAUCCAAAGUUCCAUAUUUAGCAGAGGAAAGAGAAUCUAUGGAUAUACCAAGAUAUGGACAUGCCCUGAUUCAUCAUAAAAAUAUGAUCUUCGCCAUUGGAGGUAGUGACAAUUUGAGUGCUUUGAAAACUGUAGAAGUUUACUUUCCAUCCAAAGAUUACUGGGAAGAAAUCGAACCGCUUCAGACAGCCCGAGAAGACGUCACUGGAUGAGUUGCUAACGAAAGAAUCUACAUAUUCUCAGUCAAUCUUCUACACUCUGAAUCAAACACCAUAGAAUACCUUGAUACCAGCAUAAUAUACAAUUCCUGGGUUCAGAUAUCUUUAAAACUAAACAACGUGUCAUUCCCAAAAACUGUUAGUUGAUGCUACCACCAAAAAUCCGAUGAGAUCCUAAUCCUCGAGCCCAAAACCCGCCGCCUGUGGGAACUCCCUCUCUCUUCAGACUUCACCGCCUUCAGGCUCAACAUAAAAUCUCCUUUGCUUCAAAAAUUCCUUCAGGUAGUAGAGACUGAACUUCCUGGAGUUUUUUAA